AUGUCUGACUCAACCAACAUAACGGAUGGUGGUAUUAAUGAUAUCGAGCAGAGAUUGAUCAACGAAUUGCCGGAGUCAACACUGUUCUGGUUCUUUACAUCGAUCGGUUUGGCUCAGUUAUGGGUAAUAUACCUCACCUUUUACAACUCACGGGUGUUAGGACUCAUUGUCACAGCCAUAGCCAAUAAGUUUGUCAACUAUGGUCACAUCAAGUUUGGUUCAUUUUCAUUUUCUGUACUGUCUGGGAAGUUGAUGAUCAGAGACUUUCAUCUCAUCACAGAAGACUAUUCCAUUCGGGUCCACUAUGGCUUUAUAUUGUUUAAAUGGUGGAGAACAUACACACCAAAACAGAUCAAUGAAGAUCUUUCACAUCUUGAAACAAGGGUAUCAAUUUUUCUGGAUGGAUUUGAAUUCCAUGUCUACAACAGGUCUGGAAAUUAUGCUAAGAUGGAGAAACUGUUUCGAACUGGAACAUUCGAUAGCUCCCCUGGUACUGAAAGUGACGAAACAGAAGGAAACUUUGACAAGAAGAAAAGGGCUGCUACAACAGUUUCCACAACACACCAUCUAUGGCGGGACCUGAUCCCUGUUACAAAGAUAGAAAUCUCUUGUGGUCGUUGUGUGUUUGGUAACCAACUCGUGCCCAAUACCCUGAUUGUCCACUUUGAGGAAGGUCAACUUGUGUACACUACCAAACCUGCCUCCACACAAUCUGAUCAGUUCAUGCAUUAUCUGAUUGGGAAAGCAGAAAACUUUAAAGUUAUGUUUGUGCCAAGUCCUAAGUAUGCAGGACCUGUUGAUGAGCCGCCGCGGUAUAUGGGAGAAGGUUUUAUUGUGCUGCAGACCAGAGAAAUCAACAUACAUUACUACCAUGAUGAACCAGGUAUUGUGCCAUAUGAGCCAGAGAUUGUUGAGCUAGCUGAUGGAGAGACUGUUGUGCGACGGACAUAUCCCUGCUUUGGUAUGGACAUCAAAUGUGGACGCAAUACUGACCUAAGUUAUGGACCCUGGGCUGACAGACAGAGAGAACAUCUCUACAAGUUUUUCUACCCGGCGGACUACCAGACCAUGGUGCCAUCACAGGAAGCCAAGCCAGGGGAACGACGGCAGUUUAAGAGUUUUGAGUUCCGUAUGAGUAUGCUGGAAAAAGCCACGAUUGAUAUUUUAUUUACUAAACAAUCGGAAACACAAGCUAUACACAUGAACACAAGUCCAGGAUCGUAUGUUGAGACAAAUGUCCCGUGGGUAAUUGAAGAAGAUGGCUACACAACAAAAACAAAAGGCCAGUUACUGCUCAUGGAUGCCACAACCAGUCUUCAAUAUCGCUCACUAGUGGAAUGUGAGACAUUUGAGUUUGAUGUGUCAGCAUCUUACCCUCUGGUAUGGAACGACCACCAGGAAUGGCAAUGUGACUUCAUCGCUUGUAAAGCCACAGUCUGGCUUAUAUUCCAACACAAGUUUUUCUUCGUAGACUUAAUUGAGGAUUGGUCAACAAAGACCGUACCUGACCUCUACCACUUUGUGCCGUAUACUUGGACCAUCAAUUUACUCAUCAAAGACUUUGAACUUAUCACUUUGGCUAAUGAGUACAACUGGAUUGAUACCUCCUCCCAGAACCCUGAGAAUGCCCAUAUUGCAAUCUGUGGAGAGACGUUGGAUUUAUCUCUUGUACUGCCGUACCAUGAUUAUUUACCUCCAACUGUCCAUGUUGAGUUUCUCAUCAAAGGAGAGAAUGCCUUUUGUCGGCUGUUCUUGCCAGAGAACAACACGAGCAGACAUGUUGUGAUGGCCAUUGCUGAGAGUAUGAAGUUAAUGGAUCGGGAUGGCAAUAUAAUGGAGAACCCAUUCCAACUGCCGGGGAAGAAACAGUGGAGGCGAUUCACUGCCACAUCAGAAGGACAAGAUUGGAUUGAUUGUUGGCACACCUCCAAUGUAGCCCUAAGUAUUGGUUACACAUACCACCCUAUGCCAAGUCUGGCUAAGGCACAGUCUCCGCUGGCCCAAGAGGGAACCAUUACUACACCAGAGUUAGAGGAGGCUUUACUCAUACCUCUCCGACCCCUGAGGAGUGAACAGAAGCGAAGUCAGCCCCCACCUAACUUUGAUCCUGGAGAAAUGGCUGCAGAUUUGAUCGCAGUAGAAUUGGAAAUUGCCCCCUCCCUUCUAUGUCUGUAUGGUCCCCUGCUAAGAAAUUUUAUACAUGUUAAGGAAAAUUACCUGGGAGAAGAUCAGGUAUUUACAGAUUUCCAUGAUUUGGGUACAACAAGGAGCUCUGGAGACAACGUAGCCAUGGGUCCAUUGUCAGCAUCAGAGGGUGGAGAAGAUACAGAGCCAUUUGAUGGCAGGAAGUUCAGACCAUUUGCUGUUACUGUGUCUGUAACUGUCCAUGAUAUACACGCCCACCUUGUCAAGAACUGCAGUAUAGAAGGCCUUCCCUGUCCCAGUAUUAAUUUAGAGAGGCUAUGCUUUGAAUUGGAUAAAAACUUCAAGGAGACCAAACUUCAGUUGCUUUUAUCUCCUGUCAUUCUGGUUGCCAAGGAUACAUUAGAGCGAGAUGAAGGUGAAGGACAUCUUAAUGUGGGUCACCUGGGGUUAUCAGGGUUACAGGUCAGAGGUCAUGCUAUGUUCUCCUUGGAGGGACUGCCUUUGGAUUCAGAAACACUAGAAUAUGGCUGGCUGGUGGAGGCUAUCAUUGGUGACCUAACAGGCAAACUUACCUGUUCUCAGUUACAGAACAUUGUGGAGUUUCUGCAGACAUUCAUUACACUGGUGGAAGAUCCUGAGAACAGCCUACAACACCCGCGCUCCUACCGAUUAUGUCAGCACAUGCUUCCUCAGCCUCAGUGUCGCAUGCUGUCCAAGUAUCGUUUCUACUGCCCAUCAUCUGAAGACAUUAAGUACCGCAUGACGAGGGUCUCCCUAGACUCGAUCAGUUUCUUUCUAGUGGAGUCUGGCACUGCCUUCAAUGUACAGCUCUAUCCUAUAAAGAUAUCUACUUGUAAUCUCCACGGGACAAACACACGCGCAGGAAUCACGGGUAAGAUAGAACACCUAUCCUUCACCCAGUACAUCUCUGCAGCAGCCCUCCAUCACAAAGACUGUAAACAGGAUCACUCCAACACCUGGUUGGAGUCAGGUGGCCUCACCAUGGGUCCCAUAGAUGCUGAAGCAGCCAUGGCACUCCCUAACCCUGAUUAUCAUGAAAUCCAAAACCAGUUUCUCAAGAUACAUGAUAAGAAAACUAAGCGACUUUGGUUUCUUUGGCCAGUAGAGACAAUGAAGAUCAGUUCUGCUGUUGUAGGCAAGUGUGGUUGUCAUGGAGGUUGUACAUUUUUUGGAAAUAAUAAAAACGGAAUUGGAUUCUUUAAUCCAAGGCGGACUAAAGAUAUGCCAUUUUCUGCCGUGCCACAGGUUUCUCCAGAAGGUCAUGACCCAGGUUUUGGACAAAGUUUAUUAUUUAGAGAUAAGUUGGUUUUUGAAGUAUCUCCAUCUAAUGGAGGUUUGUCACCUCACAAAGGGCGCGGGUUUGCAUUUACUCGUGGGUAUAUGAGUGAUAUGACAAGUCCAGACUCUCCAGCCAUGCACUUUAAUAUCACAGAAGACAUUGUAGGUAGUACAAGUCAGUCUGGGUCAGUAGCUACAGACAAACAAUGGACAAACAGCAGUGCUGGUCAGUCAGUUACCAGUACCUUAAAAAGCAACAUGUCCAACCAAACAACGGCCAGUAGUACUAGUGGACACAAACUGACAGUUCAAUCAGACUCUAUCCAACCAAGCUCAGGAGACAAAGAAACGUUUCAGUCAUACGACACUCUGAGCUAUACAUCUCGCAAAGGAAGCUUGGAUGACACCUCACUACGAAGUGCAAGGUUCAUGACUCCUCCUGAUGGACAGAGUAUAGAGUCGCAUAGUCCUGGGGUGAUGAGGAAGGGAACCUUAAGUUCUGUUCCAAGUCCACAGUUGCUCAGGCACAGCAGUGGCCCCAAAGCAUACUCUGUAGCAUCUCUUGAGAGUGAACACUACUUCUCUGCAGAGGAAGAUAUUUCUACACUUCGACCAAGUAGUGGACAUUUUGUUUCGUUGGAUGACUCUUCUCAAACAUUACCAGACAUGGGAAUGAACAAAACUUUAACCCCUGAAGAUAAAGUAGAGGACCAAACUGUGAUAAGUGUAGCUAAUACUGUGAUAAAUAGACGUUCUAGUAAUGCAUCAACAAUAUCGUAUGAAUCCGCCCCGACAGAUCAGAGUGACACAGACACAAUAUCAGGGCCAGAUAUCCCGGACAAUGUGUCCUUGGUUGACCUUCACAGCCAAGUUAAUAAACCCAUUACGAGGUCCCCAGUGUUGCUAGCAUGUUACUCACGACAUCUCACCCAGUUACAGUGUCAUGAUUGGUACCAGCCUAAUUCUGGUCAGGGCAAAGGUCAUAUGGGCCACACUGAUCCUUCCCUAUACUCUUUGUCCUCGGCUGGUCAGUCCGCCCAAUAUGUGCAUAGUCCUGCGUGUGUACCUCACUUCAUCAGGGUACGACAAGGUUUUAGUGUCUCACAGAUGAGGACCCUGGAACAGGAGGAUCAAUGACGGACAGAGAACAUUGUGUUUUUUUUGACAGACCUGGAGGAUAUCACAGAACUGAGGAUGGAAAGUGCAUCUAUCACAACGGCUGUAGUCAAGAUUAAAGGAUCAAUGGAUGUUUUGAUCACUCCACUAUUCCUCGAAUCAUUUCAAAGAUAUGUGGAGGCAGUUAUUCCAACCCUGACAAUGCUCCACCCAUCUUCUAUCAUUGAUGGAUUACAUACUCAAUGUUUGGAUCGUCUCAAGCGGCAGAAUCGACUUAAAAAGGGUGUUACAAUGAGAGAGAUGGUGUCGGAAGGAGGUGACAACACCACCAGCACAGAACGACAGUUCAGUACAGAGUCCCGUCUACGUACUGGGGAGAUGAAGACAUCAAGUAUACAGGCCUUAUUCACUCUUAGUAAGAUAAAUAUCUGCCUGCUACAGGCUGGUAUUGUAGAGGAACUGAUAUCUUUCUCAGCCCUGGAGAACAUAAACGAAUUAACAUGUGUGUCACUACUAGCUGUUAGUGUGGGUGACAUUCGCUGCCAACUUUUAUCCAAUAGUCAUUCAUACCGCAAUCCUCAAGACCCCAGCCCUCUCUCUGCUACACCAGUAGCUAGUGCAUCCCCAAAGAAGAAAUCCAAGAACCAUAACUUUGCUCACAGUGAGCAGGGUGAUUCUGAAAAUCAAGUGUCUGAGGUUUGUCGUGAAGAAGAUGUGGCAACACUUCAUAUCUCCCGAGUGCAUCUGCAACUACAGCGUCUAUUAAAGGACAGCAAUUUUUCAAAUGACAUCCUCUUAACAGUUAUCCCAGAAUAUAAAUCCAAAGUACAUUUCACCUUCGACAAGGACUUCCCAUCAACAGGAGGUGUAUUCUCAUUCACAUCAUCACCAAGACGACGAAGAGAUUCUUCCUCAGGACAUUCUCCAAGGCCUCCGAUGAGUCGGCAGACAAGUCGUGAUGUUGGAGGGAAGGGUGUAAAUCGACAGUCCAGUAAAGACAGUGACAGUCGAGGAUCAACACUGCCCAGGUUAUUCAGACAGGCCAGUGUUGAUGAGCCAUCUCAGGACCCUUCAUUCCCCACCAAACUCUCACGGAGACAGUCAAGCAGAGAUGGACAUAGUUCAUCCAAAUCUCAAAGCUUUGGUCUAAUCAUGUUUGAGUGUGGUCUAGAGGAAAUAAAUGCUACAGCAGUACGUAGACUUGGCUUUAAGGACAUAGCUGAUUCUGAGUUUUUCCACAAAAUGGAAAGAGUCUCUAAAAAUCUUGAAGAAAUCCAAACCUCCACUCGAAUACAUCUUGAAACUGAGAUUGGACGAUCACAACAACCAAUGAAAGAGGAGACGAUACGAAUAAAGAUUGAUGAAACUGAGGAAGCAUCGUUACAUUCCUGGGACUCUCGUGUGUCCAUUCCUUCUAGUGCCUCAUCCAUUUCACUUGAUGCUAAGGUGGAACCUCUUGUGGGAGAUUCUUCUGGAGGUGUACUUCACCUCAGCACGAUCUGGUUCAACUUUGCUGCUCCUCCACCCAUUUCUAUCAAACGCAAGGUGGACUUUACAAGGAUGGACUGGAAUCUUCUGAGUAGUGCUACUCCAGCUAUCAAUGCCUGGCUGAAUCCAUUGGACCGGUUGAUGGUCUCUGUACGAUGUCUCAUCCUAGCUCUCACUCAUAGGCAGAGCUCUGUAAUAGCCUGCAUCAUGACUGAUGCCCUGGAGGUGCCUGGAAUACAACUCCCCAACAAGAGUAAGUAUGGAAAGAACACAUCUCUAUCCAAGACUUUCCAGGAGGACCCCUCCUGUCAGUUACUCACUUCCCUGAGAAAAUAUCUACACAAGAAGGGCACUGGGCUAGUGGAGGCAGCCAUUACUGCAGAUACAUUGCCCCAGCUCAUCACUAUCCAGAAAGGUAUCCUGGCUCUCACACGACAAUGGAAGAAUGUGUUGUACAUGCCACAACUGUCAGAGCUAGACUUCAAAUCUCGUAAAAGUGUCAACCCAUACCGUGUUACAUUUGCUGUGCCUAUGGAAAGUAUGGAAAAUCUAACAGAUGAUGAAGAAUUCAGUCAUGUGGAAAAUUUUGAUGUUGUGGAUGAGCGUACAUCACUGUUACAAGCAGAAGGAGGCUCUGUUCAUCAUUCCAUGUCUGUGCCAAGCUUGAGAAUUAAUCUCGGGCUUUCUGACAAAAAUAAUCCUGACACAGUGAGUAAUAUGUCUGGUACAUCGUCCAAGUAUAAACGUCUUGUAACACAGGGGAAGCCUGGAGUGGAUCCGGCAGAAUCUCCAGAGAAACGUGCACCAACACCCACUCAGAAACCAGGGCCUUUAGCCCCACCUCCAAUCACAAGAAAUGACAGUAAUUACAGCUUCCAUUCAGCAGCAACCAGUCUGAACAGCCUGGACCAGCAGGAAAUGACACCACCACCAACUCCGAUGAAGACAGAGUUUAUGAAACAGUCGAUUCUGAAACAUAAAGUAGACAAGUUUGGAGAUCUGUAUCUGUGGAUGGCUCGUCAACAGGAACAGUUCCAUGGUCAACCAUUGGAUGACGAACGUUCCUACAAGAGACAGGAUUCCUUGUUGGGGGCGUUUGGAAGUGGAUGGAGUCAAGACGAUAGCCGCAUGGACUUGAAUGAUGAACAACUAACAAUGGCCACCUCCAUCAUGCAGCUGGCUGAUGCCCAGAGCCUGUUCAAGCCAUUCCUACAAAGCAUUGGCUUGCAUGUGGAGGGCGUGAGGCCAUCAGCUAUGAUGAAGAAGUUUGGAGGUAGUUUGUCUUUGCAGGGAAAACUGGACUUUUUGAAAAUACAAAUAGCAGAGUCUGACAGGAAGAGCACAAAGGGGAAGGGAAAAAGUCGUAAACACCCAAAAUGGAACAUCAGUUCAGACACUCCAGCUUUUCUAUGUGAGGAUUUUUCUGCUAACAUAUCUAUGAAUGAUGUUGUUGACUUUGAGUUGAAAGAAUCUGGUGAAAUUACAGAUAGAUCUAAAGGUUCUUGUGGAAUGCCACGUAAUUUUGCUAUGCAUAAACUAGAGGCAAAGCCUACGACUCUGCAGGUAAAUUUUAUGAUGAAUAUUCAGGCAGUGACUCAGUAUGUUGAUAUGCCCCUGUUACGACUCAUUCAUCAAUUUGUUACAAUGGCAGAGAAUGUAAAUGACACACGACAAGAGCUGAAGCAGAGUCACUCUGACUUGGAGUGGAUAAAAACUCACCGAAAACAGGACUCGAAGGACUCGACAUCCAGCGCUGACACACAGCAGUCAGAUGCCUCACAUCAGAGUGGUGGUUUAUCUCCCCCCUCCGGCGAGAUGCCACGUACCCCAAGCUGGAAGAGCGGACAUGAACAUGAUGUGUCACAUCAUCACCAUCACCAUCAUCAUGGUGUCACUUCUCAGUACCCACACCAAAAAUCUGGCUCACUGCUGUCUAAGUCAUUCAAACUACCAUUUGAUAACAAACGACCUGAUAAACUACCAAUGAAGCGUCCCCCACUGUUAUCAAAGGGGCUUGGUACAAUACCAAGAAGUGGACCAAAAUCUACAGAGAUCACCACACCGCCGCAGUCCCUGAACCUCUCAGAUUCUGUUACCAUCGAGCUGGAGGACACAUCUUCCCCAACACUUGCAGAGAAAACAAUUGUGGAUGAAAUUAAGGAGAGUACACCAAAAUGCUGGAGGACCUUGUACCAUCUUCUGGAGCUUUAUUCCACAAUGCCAGAAACAAAAACGGUCGGUCGUAAACCAUCCUUCAAACUUCCUGUGAUUGAGGAGGAGCCGGUAGAGGGCCAAAAUGAUCAGUCUGGGACUGCAGGGUCACAACAUAAGGCCAAGAAACCAACACGUGCUGCUGGUCAGAAAGUGCUGGAUGCGGAGGAGGGCAACCUGGGGAAGAAGAACCUAGCCUAUUCCUCUUUCAAGAGUACAAGCUUCAGACAGAGUAUCUACGUAGGUGAGAGUAUCCCUCUGGUAGUGUUUGGGAUUGCUAAGGUAGAAAAGGUGAAGAUCAUGGCUGUACUCAGUGGACUGAAACUGGAGUCAGAAUUGAAGAAUGUGCAUGCUAGUGGAUCUUACAGAGAAAAAGUCAAAGGAUUCCUACACAGAAAGUCCUCGGAGUCCUCUGUUACAGCACACAUCGGUCACACUAUGAUGAAGCUUGUGGAAGGUUUGCCACCGGAAAUCAAGACAGUGGUGACGGUCAAAAUUGACAAGUCUCAGGCACUCUAUACCACCAUUAUGAGGAGAGGCAAGGACCAUAACUCUGCCAUGGUGUCUGUCGGAGUGAUCGAUGUUAAUAUCCCUCAACAUCCAAUUGUCCUUCACGAUAUGAUGACACGGAGCUCCCGUCAAAUUACGAACACUCUACAAGAGUUCAGAAGGCCCUUUAACAGGACAAGUCGGACCCUGGAGACCCAUCCAGAGUUAGACAGUGCUGAAACUGGAAAAGGGGAGACCACUCCACAGCAAGCUCCAAAGACAGUAAAAAUGAAGGAGAAGGCUCAGAGAAAACCAAGUUUCUUACAUCUCCACUUUAAGGCUGUGUUACAAGGGCUUGUUACUGGGGCCUCCCUCCUGCCUUCCCUCAAAGCUCAGCACAAGACUGGUGCCAUAACAUUGACUGGGAUGACAGGAAAGAAGGCUAGAUUUACUGUAGACCUUCAGAAACACUCCCUCAGCUUCAAGUCUAAGGUGGUCACCACAGAGACUUCCAUCCCAUCCCAGGCCAGUAUAGAUCUGCCUCCCAUCCACAUGUUCGCUGACUAUCGGCUGUCUUCCUCCUCCAUGAGUACCAGUGAAGGCCCAAUGGCUGCGGAGAGUCUGACUGGCCAGGGCCUAAUGCUGAAGGAGGGAAGUUACCUUAAUGCUGUAGCUGAAGUAGGCAUGUUUGAACACAGCCUUACAACAGACCUACUCAACCAUCUGGUCUUUGUGCAGAAAGUUUUCAUGAAGGAGGUGAAUGAAUUGGUCCAGAAGGUGUCGGGAUCAGACCAGCCAGCGCCCCUGUGGGUAGGGGAGGAAACUACACCUAAAGAACCUGAACAAUCACUCCUGUACUCUCUACUCUUCAGGUUCAAGGGUAUCCAGAUUACAGCCACCACACCAACCUCAAGUGCAGUACAGCUGGAAACAGGUGCUGUCGAUUUGGAAAUCUCAAAUCGAGUUCAGAGGGUGUCAUGUGACACAAAAAUGGACCAAUCAGGUCACCCAGAUAUUCAGAAAGUCUUCCUUCGUGCUCAGAUAGAUCUGAAUUUAGCCUUAGGACAGCUGUUAAAAAAUCCUCUGUUUGAGGAAGCUGAAGCAGAGUUUCAGACAAUGGCUUUCUUCAAGACAAAGAUUGGAAUACGCAACGCUCUACAGGAUGAGAUGAUUACUGGGGUUUCCACUGACCAGGAGGCACUGCUUAUCACUGUCACUCGACCAAUUGUUCUGGCACAUCCUCUUGCCUUUGACAAAGCUGUACUGGUUUGGCUCAACUACAAGAAUGCCUAUGAGUAUUGGACAGAACAGAGGAUGGCACUUAACACUGAGGUACAAAAAGCCACACGACAGGUGAUGGACAGACUUCCACAGUUUUCCUCAGCCAGUCCCACUGCUUUUAGCACACUAUUCUUACAACUGACUGUGACUGAUAUCGGUAUUUGUGUACCUGUUGCACCUACAGCACAUCAGCCCAAUCCACACCCAAGUCGGUUCCUUGACUGUGAACCAGGUGCUGCACUAGUCCUCACCAUCAAAAGUACCCAGAUAUCAGCUUGCUCCUCGGGCUCCCUUGUCAGCAAGGGGAAGUUUCAGGAUUUUUGUCUGCGGUUUGCGACUGACUUUGAGACAUCAUGGGACGACUGGAAGCCAAACAAUCCUGAUGAUUCUGUAAUGAAUGCUUGUGUGGUUCCUGAGGGUACUUACGAGGUCUGUUCUCGUACCAUCAACAAACUCAUGUCAGAACCAAACAGUAAUGCCAAGUGGAUCCUAAAUGUGCGAUGGGAGAUGCAGGGUAUUGAUGUCCACUUGGACACAAACAUUGGCAAAAGAUUAUCAGCCCUUGGGAACACUCUGACUGCCCUGGCUGGUGAUCCAGAUGAGGAAUUGUCUGAGGAAGGUUUCCCAGAUGGAGGAAUGGAUUCCAUUUUUUCACCGUCAAAUGAUCCAGAAAUUGAGGUUACGCGUAGACCUAGUACUCUGAUGGACACUCUACCAGAGUUUGUGUAUGACACGUCACUCGAUCCUAAACUCCGCUUCAGGCUCAUUGAGAAAGAGAUGAACGAACAAGCCAAAAUAGUUCAGGAUCUAAA